GAACAACCUGGUCUUGUUGACUGAUAGUUACUUGUAUCGUGUCGUACUAGAGUGAGCCGACUAAAACAUGGACUGUGAUACCUUCGCGCGGGCCUAUGGGCCCUAUCAGAAAGUUGCGGCGCUCGGUUUGUCGGAAAGCGACACAGACUCCACGAUGGCGAUACAACAGCUUGUGCCUGCUCGAGAUGAAAGACUGGCAAUGCUGAUCGAGCGUAAAUUUCUGCGGCGCGUCGAGCGAGUGUUGCUGUCAGAUCUAGCGUCGGUACAGUACACGCAGAGAGAAACCGGAGAAAUUGAUGCUGCUGAUGACUACCUCGCCGGAUUUCCAUCAAGCUGCAGGGCGUCUCUGCUGCAAAAGACGCAGGUGAUCGUGUCGUAUGCGCAGCGGUGUUGUCGGGCGUUACAGCGAUUACAUGCUGCAGCUGCACUUGGAGAUUCCUCUGCUUCGCAACUGAUAGAACGGCGAGUGCAGCAAGUAUUUCGUCAGGUACUUGCCGGUCUCGUAGGCGUGGCUGAAACCUUGUCGCACGAUAUCGAGGGUGCCACUGAGAAGUUCUUCGACCUACCGGUUGUGGAGAGACAACAAUUACUGCAGGGUCACGGAGGUAGCAACUUUUUUUCCAAGCGCCAAAACGAGCACGAAUGGUGGUGGGUCAGCGCCGGCGUCGAUGUUGAAGCGCCCAUGUGUCGCCGUGCACUGGCGCUGCUACCGGAAUCUCGCGGGCUUCACGCGCAUCUGCUGGCGGAAGUCGGCGGAGAGGAAGUCGAAGGCUACAACUUCGUAC